AUGGAGAAAUUGUCAACGGAUCUUGAAGAAUGGCUUAGAGCAACUGGUUUGACCAAAUCUCCUGAUGUACGAGGCGUCAUUGCGCCACACGCAGGUUAUUCGUACUCUGGUCGUGCAGCUGCUUAUGCCUUUGCUAACAUUGAUCCCACUAACAUAUCUCGGAUAUUUCUUCUCGGUCCAUCUCACCAUUAUUAUACUCCAAAAUGUGCCCUUUCGACUGCAACAGUUUACAAAACCCCUAUAGGAGAUCUACCUGUUGAUGUGGAGAUGAUUAAGGAGAUAAGAGCUAUGGGGAAAUUUGGAAUGAUGGAUCUCCGGGUCGAUGAAGCUGAGCACAGCAUGGAAAUGCACUUGCCGUAUUUGGCUAAAGUAUUUGAAGGGCACGAUGUGAAAGUUGUACCCAUCUUGGUUGGAUCAGCAAGUGCAGAAAACGAAGCCAUGUACGGUGAAUUGCUAGCCAAAUAUGUUGAUGAUCCCAAGAAUUUUUUCUCAGUGUCCUCUGACUUUUGCCACUGGGGCUCGAGGUUCAAUUACAUGCAUUAUGACCACAAUCAUGGUCCAAUACACAAAUCUAUUGAGGCACUAGACAAGAUGGGAAUGGAUACAAUAGAGACAGGAGAUCCAGAUGCCUUCAAGAAGUACCUUCUUGAGUUUGAUAACACCAUUUGUGGUCGCCAUCCGAUUAGUAUCUUUCUCCAUAUGCUAAAACAUUGCUCAAGCAAGAUCAAGAUCAAUUUCCUGCGGUACGAGCAGUCAAGCCAGUGCCAGACAAGGCGAGACAGCAGUGUUAGCUAUGCAUCUGCUGCAGCCAGGUUGGAAAAUUGA